CAGGACACAAGGAUACACUGCACUAUGGCGCUCAAGGCAGAUUCCCGCAUUACGCUGAAUGAUGGGCAUAAGAUACCAGUUAUUGGAUUCGGCACCUAUGCCCCACCAUCGGUCCCCAAAGAACAGGCUGAGGCGAGCACCAAGGUGGCCAUUGAGGUUGGAUACCGCCUCAUCGACAGCGCAUCUGUCUACAAGAAUGAGGCUGAAGUUGGAAAAGCCAUUAAAGCAAAGAUUGCUGAUAAGACAGUGAAGAGAGAAGACAUUUUUUACAUCGGGAAGCUCUGGAAUAAUAGCCAUGCUCCUGAGAGAGUCCGACCUGCCCUGGAACAAUCUCUGAAGAAUUUGGGGCUGGAUUACAUGGAUCUCUUCCUUAUCCACACCCCCAUGGAGUUUAAGCCUGGGGAUGAUCUCUUUCCCAAGGACGAACAUGGAAAACUGAUUUUUCACCACACAGAUAUUCGGGAAACCUGGAAGGCUCUGGAAGCAUGCAAAGAUGCCGGGCUUGUCAAAUCCAUUGGGGUCUCAAAUUUUAACCACAAACAAUUGGAGAAGAUUCUCCACAUGAAAGGACUGAAGUACAAACCAGUAUGCAAUGAGGUGGAAUGUCACAUAUACCAUAACCAGAGCAAACUACGGGAGUUUUGCAAAACUCAUGACAUUGUGGUUAUCGGAUAUGCAGUCCUGGGGUCCAGCAGAGACGAGAACUGGGUUGAGGAUCGGGAUGCUCCCAAAGUGCUUGAAGACCCUGUUUUAAACACAAUAGCUAAAAAUCUGAAACGCACCCCAGCGCAGGUGGCUAUACGAUAUCUGAUGCAGAACAAAAUGGUUGUCCUUGCAAAAAGCUUCAACGCUGAGAGAAUCAAGGAGAACUUCCAGGUUUUUGACUUUGAAUUAUGUGAGAAAGACAUGAAAGCUCUUGAUGGAGUCAAUAAACACUUGCGUUACCUGCGUCUUAAAUCCUGGAUAGAACACCAUGAGUUUCCCUUUCAUGAAGAAUUUUAAAAACACUGGAAAAUCACCCUGGACGCAUCCUAUAAAUUUUGAUGCCUAAGAGCUCAUGCACACAACAGUAUAUAUUUUGUGGACCGCAACUUGCUUGAAUGGGUCCAUGGUCCGCAUUUUUGUUCUAGGACAUGUUAUAUUUUUUUUGUGGAAUGGACAUAUAGAUGAGAAAAGCACAUGGAUCAUCUGUGUGCUUUCCACAUCCUUACAUCUGUCCCACAAAAACACAAAAAGAUAAAAUAUCUCUGCAAAAUGAGGACCAUGGACCCGUUGAAGUCGAUAAGUCACAAAAAAUGCUGACGGCACACAGACAGCAUUCGUAUUUUGUGGAUCUGCAGAUUAAGGACUGCAAAACAGAUACGGUCAUGUGCAUGAGGACUUACUUCCCUAGUUUGAAAGACUCCCAUUCUUGAGGUUUACGCAAUGUUAGAUUUGAAUUCCGGCAUAUUUGUGCUAAAGAUCUCGACACAACAAAUUUGCACCACAGAUAUUCACAUAGAUUGGCAUCUUUUAUGGUACCCCUAGCUGUAAGCUUUUAAACCUCAAGUUUGUCUGAAUCUGCAUUUAUUAUUUCAGUUUUAUUCACUCUUGUCUGUAGCUUUUUCCUGCUGUUCCACCCAUGUAAAUGGACUCUGACCCUAUAUACCUGUUCACACAAGAUGAGGUAACUAAGCCUCGAGCAAAUUCUAAAUAUAAUAGCAAUGAGGGUUUGAGCUUUUGCUGUGGUAAUAAUAAAUCUUUGUAGUGGGCAAAUAAGGGAAAGAGGGCUGAUUUGUUCUAGAAGGUCUAGAGACCACUUACAAGUGAUGCCUCAGAAUACAAUAUUUUUAACAUACAAUGGUCUUUUCUGGGCCACCAUAAGUUGAAACCAGACUCAACAUACAAUGCCUCAGACUCAGAUCCACCCAAUCAAGGCCACUUCUCUAGUAAAACACCACUGAGGUACUACAUGUCCUGUACAGCCCCCUAUCUGUGCUCGGAUGAGCUGCUCCUUUGGAUACUAGGUGAGCUGUGGAUUUAUUUUAUUUCUCUAAUGCCUGUGAGUAAGAUACAAGACUCUGAAGAAGCUUCUGAACCAUAGAAAGUCACUUACAGUCUCCAGCAUCUAUUCCACACUAUUAUAUGUAAGAACUUCCUUUACCUUCCUGUCUCAGUUAUCUGCUUAUUUUUCUAAAAACCUAAUUUUUUCUUAUUUGGUGGGUAAUUUUUGGCUUUGGAACCAAUAAUCAGUUACAGUAUGGACUCAAGUUACAGUGGUUUCAAUGUACAAUGGUUGCGCUGGAACCAAUUAAUAUUGUAACUUGAGGGAUCACUGUAGAUACAAAACUGAAUGCUAGAAAUCAUAUACAGAUACAGGAGGAGCGGCGGCUCAUCUGGCACUGCAGCAUCUCCAGAUUACACCACUCUGACUCAAGGGC